CCGGUUGAUCAUUACGUCUCUAUGUGGUCUUCCUGUCUGAGAGCGCAAAAAAAUGCCACUUUUUUUAAUUUUUAUUUUUAAUUUCAAACUGUAAUAUCGCUACAUAUUCAGGAACUUGUUUGUGCCGCGGUUUUAUUUCUCACCCAGGUUAAAUAGAUUUAGCAGACACCGAAAUUUAUUGAUAAUCCUUUCUUUCACUUACAGCAUGGAUGGUAACUCAAGUUUCUUUAACGUUUAAGUCCUCCUGAUCACAAUUUAGUGCUUCUUCUGCGUACUGUUCUCGAUAUGGCCCGGGCCCAGAACAUUGCUUUAGCGGAUGACAGCCUGUCUGUGGACCUCAUGUCAUCUCCAGAAGCUCCUGUCCAAGACACAGCUGCGUGCGUGAGGAGUCUAACAGGGCAGGAGCUGGAGAAAUUGAAGAAUGACCGGAACCUGGUGUCAGAAUUCAAACAAGCCAAGUUGGAGAAGGAGGCCCAGAAGAACUGGGACCUGUUCUACAAAAGAAACACUGUGAACUUCUUCAAAGACAGACACUGGACAACCAGGGAGUUUGAGGAGCUAAGGGCGUGCAAAGAGUCUCAGGGUCAGAAGCUGGUUCUCCUCGAAGCUGGUUGCGGGGUGGGGAACUGCAUAUUCCCGCUCCUGGAAGAGGACCUUGACGUCUUUGUGUACGCCUGCGACUUUUCACAUCGAGCUGUUGAGUUUGUAAAACAAAAUCCUCUUUACUGUGCUGAGCGGUGUAAAGUUUUCCAGUGUGACCUCACCAAAGAUGAGCUGCAGGAGAGCAUCUCUGCCGAAAGCGUGGAUGUGGCCAUGCUCAUAUUCGUGCUAUCUGCGAUCCAUCCUGACAAGAUGCCUCUGGCUUUGAAGAACAUUUUCAAAAACUGCUGGCUGACCUGUUUACUGGCGCAGGAUUCCUCACUUUGGCAAAUGAAUAUGUGUUCCGUGAGACAGUUAAUAAGAAGGAGGGCCUCUGUGUGCCCAGGGUGUUUGUCCAGAGCAAGUUUCGCAAGCCAGACCGAUGACUGGCCUCCUUGUGAGCAGCUCCCACACAACCUAGCGCACAUGGUGACACCAUCUCUGAGGGUUUCUGUACGAAUUACGAGUCACUCUUUUUCCUGCAGACUGCAUCUCUCACAUCCACUGAAAGACUCUGUUUCUAGACUGCAUAUGACAACACCUCCUCGUGUGCCUUCACUUUGAGUAUGUGCUGUCCCAGGGCUGUGCACUCUUUAGCGAAGGGAAGAAAUAAUUUGCAGUUAAGACAGGGAAAGGUUUUCUAUUUUUUAGAGGAAAUAUUUUGUAUUUCUGUAAUGUUUCAUUAAAGCAUUUUAAUCUUUAUUUCUUGGCCUUUAUUGCUACUGACAAUUUAAGCACUGGGAAUUGGAAAUUAAAAUGCAGGCACACCAAACUAAUUGAUUUUAAUAGCCACAUAAUGUAACAAAGAGGUCUUUAACUUGUGGAUUCAACUGGAACUGGAAAUCUGCUCAUAACUGUAAAUCCAACCACUA